GGGUUUCGGAAUUAGUAGACGGUGUUUACACAUAACUCGAGGGAAAAUGAUGCUGGAGCUCCAUGAGCUCCAAUGCUGAAUAAAACGGUCGAGCGCAGCUAUAAAAUCGGGUAAUUGAAUAAACCGCACAAGCCCCAAUUUCACCCAAUCAAACCCCACCAAUUGUCAACGCAAGGUGGGUCCCGGGCCAUUGAGCAGCAAGACUGGGGAGCUUGCCAAUCGUCAAUUGAUUGACGACGACGAACCCAAAACUGAAGAUAACCUCCCCCUCGACGUCGCCGCCGGCCACCCCCUCCAAUCACAACCUCCGUCCAUUGCUCAACCACCCAUCUAGUCCACCACCGCAGCAAUGGCGAGCAAGCUGGCCCCCGUCAUGCAGACCGCCCUCCGCUCCGUGAGCAGGGUGGUUGCCCCCUCCUCGUCACCACUCCAGACCCGCGCCAUCUCCAUGUCGGCGAGGAGGCAAAGCGACACCCUCAUGGUGCACCGCAACACCCCUAACAACAACCCCUCCAUCCCCUUCAAGUUCACCGACCAAAACGAGAAAAUUAUCACCGAGAUUCUCAAGCGCUACCCCCCCCAGUACAAAAAAGCAGCCGUUAUGCCCCUCCUCGACCUCGGCCAGCGUCAGCACGGCUUCACCUCCAUCUCGGUCAUGAACGAGGUCGCCCGCAUCCUCGAGAUGCCCCCCAUGCGCGUCUACGAGGUGGCCAGCUUCUACACCAUGUACAACCGAACCCCCGUGGGCAAGUUUCACGUCCAGGCUUGCACGACCACCCCCUGCCAACUCGGCGGCUGCGGCUCAGACGCCAUCGUCAAGGCAAUCAAGGAACACCUCGGCAUCAAGCAAGGCGAGACCACCCCCGACGGCCUCUUCACCUUCAUCGAGGUCGAGUGUUUGGGGGCGUGCGUCAACGCGCCCAUGGUCCAGAUCAAUGACGAGUACUACGAGGACCUGACUCCCGAGACCACCAAGCAGCUCCUCACCGCGCUCAAGGAGAGCUUGAACGAUGCGAGCAAGGCGCCCAAGCCGGGUCCUGUGAGCGGGAGGGACACUUGUGAGAAUAGCGCGGGACUGACGAACCUGACGAGUGAGCCUUGGGGGGUGGAGACUACCAGGUCAGAUUUGUAAUUUUUAGAGAGGGGGGAGUGGUUUGAUUUUAUGUGAUUGCAAAACUAGAUGUUUUCACACUACAACAGGGCUUAUUAUAUGAUGUGAUGAUGAUAGAGGGGGACGAGGGGAUGAGUGUACAAAAAGUGUUAACAGACAUUCGCAGCUUGGAAAGCGGGGUCAAGAAUAUAUAGGACGGCCCGA